UCUAAUAACAACAUUGAUGCUACCAAGUACCGAGGGUUGGUCACCACAUGCAAGUUACAUGUUCACGAUAGUCUCCCAAGUCAUCUUGUUUCUAUAAUCUACAAAGUCUAUACCUGUUUAUACUAUAUAUUCAGUCAGACCCCCUUUUAAAAGUCAUCUCAUCUCGAAGACACCUGCAGACAGAUACAGUAUACCUAUACCUAUAUAUAUACAUAUAUUCCAAGGUUGCAAUCCGUGAACUUGUCGCAGUGUCUCAAGAUGUCUACCAAACACUUCAUCAAUGAUCCCACUCUGUUGGUAAAUUCAGCUCUCCAGAGCCUUGCCUUGACUAAUCCUUCCGUCGCUUUGGACACCGAGAACAAGAUUGUUUACAGAAGACCCAGCCAUGCACCAUCUCAAGUGUCCAUAAUCAGCGGAGGUGGUAGUGGACAUGAGCCCAGUUUCGGUGCUUUUGUUGGCUCUGGUCUACUUUCCGCUGCCGUUGCUGGAACCAUCUUUGCGUCGCCAAGUGCAGAGCAGAUACGCAAGGCCAUAACUUCAAGGGUAGAUACCGACAAGGGCGUGCUAGUCACAGUCAUGAACUACACCGGAGACGUCCUGAACUUUGGUAUGGCCGUCGAAAAAGCCAAGGCUGCCGGCUUGAAGGUCGAAAUGGUUGUUGUUGGCGAUGACGUUGGCGUUGGAAGAGAAAAGGGAGGCAAGGUGGGUAGAAGGGGAAUCGCCGGGACGGUGCUAGUGCACAAAAUAUCCGGCGCUCUUGCGGCACAGGGACGCAGUAUCGAGGAGGUUUACCGCGUCGCCAAGCUUACAGCAGACAACCUCGUAAGCGUCGGAGCUAGCCUUAAGCAUGUACAUGUGCCUGGGAGGGCGUUGGUAGACACGAACCCCGCCGAAAAUCUCCAAGACGGCGAGGUGGAGGUCGGAAUGGGAAUUCACAACGAAGCAGGUUCAGGACGCGCCAAGGUUGAACUACCAGAGCUUGUGAGCACGAUGCUGUCACAGCUACUGGACCAAGGCGAUAAGGAUCGGGCAUUCCUCAAUGUGAACUCUAACGAAGUAGUCCUUCUCGUGAAUAACCUCGGAGGAGUUAGUGUCCUUGAGUUAGGUGGCAUCACGACAGAAGUUGUGAAGCAAUUAGGAUCAUGGGGCAUCCAACCAGUAAGAAUAUUGAGUGGAACUUACAUGACGAGUCUGAAUGGACUUGGAUUCAGCAUUUCGCUGCUGAAUGUCGUCAACACGGAUAUUGGUGGACCGAGUAUGAUCGAGCUGUUGGACUACCCUUGCGAGGCUACAGGGUGGGCGGCACCGAUACAGAAAACCACCUGGGAAGCAAAAAACAGUGCCACCAGGGAAGACGCAACGGGAACCGAUUCAAGUGUCAAGUCAAGCGGCCUCAAGACCAACGCAAACGCAUUUAGCAGCAUCUUAGCUUCAGGACUACAGGCUGUUAUUGCUGCUGAGCCAGAGGUUACGAGAUACGAUACCGUGGUUGGGGACGGCGAUUGUGGCAUCGGCUUGAAGCGUGGCGCCCAAGCUAUUCUCAAACACAUAACAGAAAAUGCAGCAACGGGAGACGUUGUGGUCGAUGUCGCUCAUAUCGUCUCUGUUGUCGAGACGGAGAUGGAUGGUACUUCAGGAGCGUUAUUUGCCAUCUUCCUCAACGCGCUUGUGCACUCCCUCCGAGUGCUUUCACCCGGGGAGGCCACUUCGCAAGUCUGGGCCGGUGCCCUCAAGCAGAGUUGUGACGCGCUGUCUAAAUAUACACCAGCCGGGCCAGGUGAUCGCACAAUUAUUGAUGCCUUGUAUCCUUUCGUUGAGGUCCUUGGGAAGACGGGUAGUCUCAAGAAGGCUGCCGAAGCCUCAAAGAAAGGCGCUGAAGACACCAAGGGUAUGGCCCCCAGCCUAGGACGAGCGGUAUAUGUUGGAGGAUCCGGAUUCGAGCAAGUGCCCGACCCUGGCGCUUGGGGUCUGGCAUGCUUUUUCUUGGGGCUGGCCGGGAUAAAAUCUGAAGAUGACAGUUGGGUUGCUAUAUAAUCAGUUUCUUUUCUCACGGGGUUUGUAUUGAUAACACGGAACGGGUGGAAUGCUCAAGACACAUAAUCAGAUUCAGGUAGCGUCAGCUCUCUCAUUAAUGCCACGGCUAGAUAUUGUAUCUUUUCCCUCCAUGCUAAGCCCAUUCUCUCAGCUGCGUCGCAGUUUAAGCUGGCCAGCAUGUCCAUAAUGACCGUACCC